CCACACUCCCUCGGCCUGCCAUCUGCACUGACAGCUUACUCACCCCUGGUCAUCCCACAUAUAUUCCUCUCUUCUUGCCGCUCGCAACGCAUUCCUCUUCGCAACUCUUUUUCCGCUCGUCACUCUUGACACGUACCCCGCCUUCCAGCCGCCUGCUCACUCUGCGAUAGACAACCCCAUCACUGCAAGCCCCAUCACUGAACCAUCUCGACAAUGUCGCGCGCCGGUGGCUAUCGUUCUUCCGCCGGAGACCUCGGAUUCUUCGAGGAUGAUCCUCAUAGCGGUCCUCGUCGAGGCCCAGAGCGAUGGGAUCGUGAGAGAUUCGAGCGCAUGGGCAGACGAGGCCCCCCCGAGCGCGAACGAGGCCCGCCCGAGCGUGAACGAGGCCCCCCAUCCGAGCGUGAUCCCCGCGAGUCCUUCCAUUUCGAAGAACACGACCGUGGACCAGGUAGAAGCCGUCUCGACAUUGAGAUAAAUGAUAGUCGAGAACGAGAGCGUCGGGCGCCUCCAGCCCGCGUUGUCGAGAAAGAACGGUUCUUCGAAGAGGAUCGCUUCGAGCGCCCCUCUCGCCGCCGAGCGGAUUUCCUCGAUGAACCGGCUGCUGCUGAAAUAGCGAAUCGUGCCCUAGCGCCCUAUCGCCGCAAGUCUAUCAUUGAGCGAGAUUUCGAGCCGCCUGCCAGACGUCCUGCACGACCCCAGUACAUCCGGCGUCAAUCGUCCCUCGAUACCUUUGAUCGCCGUCCAUAUCCUCGAUACGGCGACCAGGAACGCGAUGAAUGGAGACCUCCGGUCAACGUUCCAAUCCCUCUUCCUGUCCGAGAACCACGUCGUCGAUCGCCGCCCCGCAGCCGCAGCCGCUUCCACGAGGAAGACUACGAGGAAGUACGUUACAAGGACGAAGAACCCGAGGAAGACUAUCGCGAAGUCGAGGUCCGGCGAGAAAAGAGCACAACUCGCCGCAGCAAGAGUAAGAGCCGCAAGGCUCAGUCCAUCCGGAGUUCAUCUUCCAGCUUCGAGGAGGUGUCUCCCGUACGGGAGCCUCCUGGGCGCAAGGGCAAGACUAGAAUGCCCAAGAGACUGGCCAAGAAGCAGGUUAUAGUCGAUUUGGGAUAUCCUUUUGAGGAAGAGGAUGACUUCAUCAUCAUUCGUCGAGCCCUGGAGAAGGAUCAGAUAGAUGAGAUUAUCAAGGUCAGCGAGACUUACGAAGAGGGCAGCGGGAACGAACGGACGACAUACGUCUACGAAGACACAAAGACCAAGGCUAUUGAGCCGCCUCCACCCCCACCCCCACCGCCCGAGUCUAUCUAUGCUCCUCCUCCCCCACCUAGCAUUCAUUAUGCUCCACCCCCACCGCAAAGCUAUGCUCCGCCCCCACCACAAAGCGUGCACUACUCACAAUCUGUUCGGAGCGCGUCUCCACCGCGGCAUGAGCACUACGAAGAACGCAUUGAGGAAUCUAACCGCAUUGGAGGUCCUCUGCAAGUUCUUGUGCCUGGAGAUCGCCGAGACGAGCGUGAUAUCAAGGCCGAGAUCCGCAGAUUAGAGGAUGAGCGUCGUCUACUCAAGUAUGAGCGCGAGAAUGACCGUCUAGUGGACUACGAGGUUAUUGAGAGGAGGGAACCUGUUCGAGAGGUUGUGCGGAUCGAGAAGGAUCGAAAGGGUAGGUUGGCUCUGGUCCGAUCUGCUAAAUAGUACGGU